AUGGCCCCUCGUGCUACCACCACUGCCAACGAAUGCCACGCUUUGGAAAUGGCUCGCAACUUGAAACUUCCUUCUCGUGAAGAGAUGUUGCGUCGUGAUCCCAAAGUCUACCAGUUCUGGAGCGAUAAUGAGGAAUGUUUGGUAGACGCCUGGAAUGAAUGGCAGCAAACCGAUGAUAAGGCUCUGGCCCUUCCCAAGUUGGACGAGUCCAUCCUCAACCCCAAGUUGAAACAAGCCAUUGAAGCCGCAUGGGAAGAUCCCAGCAAGGAAGUCAAUGUCAAAGACUUGUGGGAGGAAAUGGCUCCAGGAGUCUACGGCAUCCAAUUCUUUGACAAGGACAAAGUCCAGGUCCUUCGGGAAUGGAUCGAUGUGGCAAGAGAGUCGGGCAUUCCCACCCGUCCACCCUAUGGCAUUGUCUUGAACCGCAAGGGACUCAUGAUUGAUCCUCGCAGUGUCGGUUAUAUGGCGGCUCCUGAUUUUCAAACUUUCUACCAAGAUGUUCUUGUCGACCGCUACAUUCGUCCCAUGGGCCGUCUCCUUUUCCCCGAGUUUAUCCAAACCAAAGACGACUCGGAAUCAUUCGCCUUUUCCAUCCAGUACCAAGCGGGAGGAGACGAGUCCAUCCGUCCCCAUUCGGAUGCCUCGACAAUCACGUUCAACAUCAACUUGGACCUGGAACAAACUUGGACUGGCUCCUCGCUCUACUUUUGGGACAACGAGCGUACUACUCGCAAGACGGUGGCGUGGAAACCCGGAAUGGCCAUGAUUCAUCUCGGACGCACCAUGCAUGCGGCCUUGCCCAUUGAAACUGGAACACGCUCCAAUUUGGUGAUAUGGACAUUUGCCAAGAACGGUGGACGUGGCUACGGUGGAGCGGAUCCCUUGAUGUUGGACGAUGGUCGUUACCCCGAAGAGUAUCAGUUGUCGCCCGAACAGCGCUGGUCCUUGCCCACGGAUCGUUCCAGCCCGGAUUCGUGGGAUCGCUUUGCGCCCUUUUAG